AUGUCCACACUACGCGUAGCUUUGGUGCAGUUGUACGGUCGUCCGACGAAGCAGGAGUGCAUUGCUAAUGCGAUCAGCCAGAUUCGGCAAGCGAAGGAUCGCGGUGCACGGUUGAUCAUUCUACCGGAGUGUUUCAACUCCCCGUACAGUACGGCCGAGUUUGGGCGGCAUGCCGAGGAAAUUCCACGCGGUGAAACGAGCCAAGCGCUGGCGAAGGUGGCGGCGGAACUCGGCGUCUAUCUGGUCGGUGGUACAUAUCCGGAGCGCGAGGGCACCAGGCUGUACAACACCUGUCCCGUGUUUGGACCCAAGGGUGAACUGCUGUGCAAGUACAGGAAGCUGCAUCUGUUCGAUAUGGACAUUCCGGGGCAGUGUACCUUCCAGGAGUCGGCUGCACUGACCGCAGGCGAUCGGUUGGCAACGUUCUCGAUCGGAUCGCUGAAGAUUGGGCUUGGCAUUUGUUGGGACAAGCGGUUCCCCGAGCUGGCGGCUUGCUACCGACAGCUGGGCUGUGAUAUGAUGAUCUUCCCGUCCGCGUUCGAUCCGUACACGGGACCGCUGCACUGGGAUCUGUUGGGGCGCGCGAGAGCUUUAGACAAUCAGAUGUUUGUGGCGCUGGUAUCGCCGGCCCGCGACCCAACGACCGAGUACGUAGCGUACGGCUAUUCGUUGAUGUGCGAUCCCUGGGGUCGGGUGCUGUGUCGGGCAAAGGAGGAGCAAGAAUUGCUCAUCACCGACAUCGAUCUCAAGAUGUGCGGCGAGAUUAAGCAGCAGAUACCGAUCCUGCGUCAGAAGCGGGGCGAUAUUUACGAACUAAAAGCUAUGAAAUAGCAGGCAAGCCAUUGGAAAUUGCACUGUUUGAGUGGCCACUUAGUCCACUCAAUAACGCGGCACUAAAUAAAUCAUAACAAUCAUGCUCCUACUA